AUUCUCAAUGAGACAACUACAGCUGAAAUGCAAACAAAAAACAGACAUCUUGGCACGUAGGAUACAUCCCCGUAUGUUCGUUUGUCUGAAUGUGGCAGUAGCUUAAUAGGAGCACCUGUUUUCUUUCGUGCUAAACAUCCCUUUGAAGAUCAUAAUCAAAAUUUGAUCACUGAAUGUAUGAAAUGGGUGUACAAAAAUGUCUCAAAAAGACGUGGCAGAUAAGAUGGAACAUGAAAUGGAUUUCGGAGUUGUACGCGUUGGCAAGAUGGACUGGUUCAACAAGAUGGUUCAUAUAGGCAGGGCAUGGGAAGAUGAGACUGUUGGUUCAUGUCUUGGAUCAAUAAUAUUGAGAGACAAUGGAGGGAAUCAAAUUUCGACGAGAUCAAUAUCUCCGGAUCACAAUGUUGGAAAAUGCAUUAAGGGAUUUAAAUUGCUUGCUAACAUUUCAUGGAAUAAAGUUGACGAGGUGUUCAUUUCCGUCAAUGUUAGCAAGUCAUUUCAUUGGAUUCUGGUGGUGUUCCGCAUCAAACACAUGUCUCUACAUGUAUAGGAUGCAAUGAUGGGAGGGGCAGUCCACAAAAAGAAUGUCAUCGAAGUAGUGCAGAAGCUUGCUAAAAUGAUACCAUUGUUCCUAAUCAGCA